GCAUCCCAUUGGGUCGGGUGUGCUGCUUGCAUUUGAAAGUUGAGUUCCCUUCGUUCCCUAUGCUCGGCUAUAUUUAUCGGUACCCCUCACCAUAAAAGGACGCGACUGUGGCUUCGACAUUCCGUCGAGUGCCAAUAUUAUUUUUGUUGUUUAGAAGGCUGCCUUGUCUUCUGCUACCGCACCUACCUGUUGCUUUGCCUGGAUUGCAAACUUUAUUGGGAACUUUUGGAGUUUAAUCACCUGUUCUAUCAAAUUUAGUUGGAGGCUUUUUUGGCCUAGCUAAGCAGACAGACAGGUAAUCGGAGACUUGGGAGAUUCAGGGCUUGAGACAGGCACAGCAUUGUGGAGGAUGUCGGGAUCCAUACCUUUCUACCAGAAGAACCAUCGCCACUAUGAUCGUGGCUACCGCAGCAAGGAGAUGGAGUCGGCCGUCAGCCAAUACCAGGCCAGCAGCAGCAGCUACGCUGCCCGUAGCAGCAGCACCAGCAGGGGUCUUAGAGUGUCUUCCUACUCUGGGCUGGAGGAAAGCAGACUGAGCCCAAUACCCAAGAGAUCCAAGCCCACCUACCUGGCUGUGGACAGAGACAAUCAAAUUAUUGGCUAUGUAGUGCCCAUCUUCAGGGGCAGUCAGGAGUUUGCAAGUGGGCUCUCUGACACAGAGGAGGCCAGGAUGAAGGAGAGCGCUGGGCACAUGGCCCGGAGGAACCUGUUCACCAGUGGGUUGGAGAUGGAGAGGACUGAACAGAGCUCCAGGAAGACGGCCAUGCGCGAGUCAGCCGAGCGCAUCUCUCUGAGCAAAAGGAUUCAUGAAAACGAGGAGUAUCACAAGCGCAUGAACGAGGACAGCCUGAUGCAUACCCCAGAGUUUGUGAUUAAGCCUCGCUCCCACACCGUGUGGGAGAAGCAGUGCGUACGUCUGCACUGCACUGUCUCCGGGUGGCCCGACCCAAGAGUAGUUUGGUACAAAAACAAUGUGACAAUUGACCCCCUUGCCCAACCGGGCAAGUACAAGCUCGUCAGCAGCUAUAAUGUGCACUCACUGGAGAUCAACAGAUGUGACUUUGAUGACACGGCACAGUAUCGUGCGUCUGCCAUGAAUUCCAAAGGAGAGCUCUCCGCCUUCGCUUCUGUCGUUGUUAAGAGAUUCAAGGGAGAAGUGGAUGAAGCUCUCCCUUCACCCAGAUCAAGUGCAGCAAGCGGUUCUGAAGACGGCAUCGUGUCUGAAUAUGGCAUCACCUUCCAGACCCAUAUUGUGGAGAAGUUUGACGUGUCGUUCGGCCGGGAGGGGGAGACCCUGAGCCUGGGCUGCACUGUCAUCAUCUACCCCAACCUCCAGCGCUACCAGCCUGAGGUGCAGUGGUACAGAGACGACGUUCUCCUGUCUCCCUCCAAGUGGACCCACAUGCACUGGAGUGGCGACCGGGCCACCAUUACCCUGACACACCUGAACAAGGAGGAUGAGGGGCUGUACACGCUGCGCAUCACCACCAAGAGUGGCUAUGAGACCCACUCUGCCUACGUCUUCGUCAGAGAUGCUGAUGCGGAGAUGGAGGGGGCCCCUGGUGCUCCUCUGGACGUGCGCUGUCAGGACGCCAACAAGGACUACGUCAUCGUCACCUGGAAGCAGCCAGCGGUGGACAGAGGAAGCUCAAUCAUGGGAUAUUUUGUGGACAGAUGUGAGGUUGGCACUACCCACUGGAGCCAGUGUAAUGACACCCCCAUCAAGUUUGCCCGCUUCCCCGUGACCGGUCUGGUCGAGGGGCGUUCCUACAUGUUCCGCGUCCGCGCUGUAAACAAGUCCGGCAUGAGCCGCCCAUCCCGCGCCUCCGAGCCCGUGGCCGCCAUGGACCCUGGUGACCGCGCCCGCAUGAGAGGAACCUCUGCCCCCUGGACCGGUCAGAUCAUCGUGACUGAGGAGGAGCCUGCUGAGGGCGUGGUUCCCGGUGUUCCAGUUGGGCUGGAGGUGACUGAGGCCACCAAGAACUACGUGGUUCUGAGCUGGAAGCCUCCUGGUGAGAGAGGCCAUGAGGGCGUCAUGUACUACGUGGAGAAGUGUGUGUCUGGCACCGACAGCUGGCAGAGGGUGAACACAGAGAUCCCGGUUAAGUCUCCCCGCUUCGCUCUGUUCGACCUGGCCGAGGGGAAGUCAUACAGCUUCCGUGUGCGCUGCUGCAACUCUGCUGGCGUGGGCGAGCCCUCCAGCCCCACCGAGCCCACCACUGUGGGAGACCAGCUGGAUAUCCCAGCUCCCCCUGGUCGUGUGGUGCCCAUCAGGAACACGGACACAUCCGUGGUGGUGUCUUGGGAGGCGUCCCGUGAGGCCAAGGAGCUGGUGGGAUACUACAUUGAGGCCAGCAUUGUGGGCAGCAACGUCUGGGAGCCCUGCAACAACAAGCCUGUCAAAGCAACCAGGUUCAUCUGCCACGGUCUGGUCACAGGAGAGACCUACGUGUUCAAGGUGAAGGCUGUGAACGCUGCAGGGCUCAGCGAGAGCUCUCAGGAGUCUGAGCCUAUUGAGGUGAAGGCUGCUAUUGGGGGCGGUAUUCCAUAUGGUGUGUUGCCGGAGAUUGGGCCGGGGGGUAACGCGGGCGGACUAACCGAGCACAGGCCACGCUGGGCGGGCACGCAUGCAGCCGUCCAGCCUCCCGCUGACACAAUGCUAAAGCUCAAUGCUCAGACUGACAGUGUGUCUGGGGCCGGGGCCGGGCCGGGGGCUAGAGCUGGGACCACCAGCUCAGACCCCUCAGAGUCCUCAGAGCCCGUACUGAGUAAAGACAAGGGAGGCAAGAGAGGCAGUGUGACCUGGGCACCUGACCUGGUCCAAGAUUCUUUCUAUGACUCCGACCCAGUCCCAGUCCCAAACUCAAACAUAAACUCAGGCCCAGACUCAGUGGUAGACCCAGCCGUAGACUCUGUCUUGGCUACAGAUGAGGUUCAGAGUCAGGCUGUAGCCCAAGAACAGGUGCCAGUGGUCGGGCAGGCACGUAAGUCUUCUGUAGAUGCUUCUGCCAAAGCAUCUACACAUGGGAGAGAGAACCCCAGGACAGACCCAGCAGCGACCCCUGCCCCGCCCUAUGGCAUCAGCGUUCUGGAGUGCGUGCGUGACGCAAUGGUGCUGUCCUGGAAGCAGCCGACGUUCAUCGGUGGGGCAGACAUCACCGGGUACUUUGUGGAUUACCGCGAGGUCGUCGAGGGAGUGGUGGGGAAGUGGCACGAGGCCAACAUCAAGUCUGUCACUGACAGAGCCUACAGGGUGUCAGAUCUGAAGGAGAACAUGAAGUACCAGUUCCAGGUACGGGCUGCCAACAUGGCAGGUGUGGGCAUCCCCUCUUUGUCCAGUGAAACGUUUACAUGUGCGGAGUGGACCAUUGCUGUGCCAGGACCCCCCCAUGACCUGCAGGCCACGGAGGUACGCAGCACCUCCCUGAUGUUGCUGUGGAAACCACCCGUGUACCAGGGUCGUGAUGAGGUCAACGGAUUCUACAUUGACAUAAAGGAGGCUGAGGCACCGUUGGAGGCGUGGAGAGGAGUCAACGAGAAAGCCACAAACAAGAAGUACAUGAAGAUUCAAAUCCCGAAGGAGGGAGAGACCUAUGUGUUCCGUGUACGUGCACAGAACAAGGCUGGUGUUGGAAAGGCCUCCGAACCUACAGAACCAAUCCUGGCCCAGACCAAACCAGGUACCACAGAGAUAGUCGUGGACGUUGAUGAUGAUGGUGUGAUCUCGAUGAACUUCGAGUGCGCAAACCUGACCCCAGACUCUAAAUUUGUGUGGUCCAAAAACUACGAAGAAAUCACAGAUGAGACCCGCAUUACCAUGGAAACCAAAGGAAACAAGUCAAAAGCCACCUUUAAAACUCCUGCUGAAGACGAUCUGGGCAUUUACUCUUGUUUGGUCACCCACACUGAUGGGGCUUCAUCCAGCUACACUCUCUCCGCAGAGGAGUUGAAGAAGCUGCUUGAGAUCAGUCACGACCACAAGUUCCCAAUUAUUCCCCUGAAGACAGAGCUGGCAGUGGAGCUGCUGGAGAAGGGCAAGGUUCGCUUCUGGCUGCAGGCUGAGAAGAUCUCAGCCAACGGCAAAGUGGAAUACGUGUUCAACGAUAACGUUGUCUCUCAGGGCGAGAAGUACAAGACGAACUUUGACAAGAACACAGGUGUUAUUGAGAUGACCAUGGAGUCCCUGACACCUGCAGACGAGGGGACCUUCACCUUCCAGCUGCAGGACGGCAAGGCCACCAACCAGUCCAGCCUGGUGCUCAUUGGAGAUGUGUUCAAGCAACUGCAGAAGGAGUCUGAGUUCCAGAGGAAAGAGUGGUUCAGAAAGCAAGGUCCUCACUUUGUGGAGUACCUGAGCUACGAGGUGACCCCGGAAUGUUGUGUUGUUCUGAAGUGCAAGGUUGGAAACAUCAAGAAGGAGACAGUUGCAUUGUGGUACAAAGACGGGCGUGAGAUUAAGGCAGAUGAGCAUCUCACUUUCACAGAGGGAGUGCUGACCCUGGAGAUUGCUCAGCGUGACACUCCUGCAGCCGUGGCAGACAUUCCGCCCGACGACGUUUACUGGAGAAGACUCAAAAUCUCAAAGAAGGAUGCCGGUAUCUAUGAGGUGAUUCUGAAGGAUGACAGAGGAAAGGACUCCUCCACAUUGAACCUGACGGACCAAGGUUUCAAGAACAUGAUGAACGAAGUGUUCAGUGUUAUUGCCAACUCAUCCACAGCUCUGAAGAUCCAGAGCACUGAGGAGGGCAUUAGACUGUACAGCUUCGUCAGUUAUUACAACGACGAGCUGCAUGUCACCUGGCAUCACAAGGAUGCAGCGAUAGCCUUCACAGACCGGAUCAAGAGUGGUGUGGUGGGGGAGCAGCUGUGGCUGCAGAUUUCCGAGCCCACCGACAAGGACAAGGGAAAGUACGCCAUUGAGUUCUUCGAUGGGAAGGGUGGUCUACGGAGAACCGUGGAGCUGUCCGGACAGGCAUUUGAUGAUGCCUAUGCAGAGUUCCAGAGACUCAAAGCGGCUGCUAUUGCAGAAAGAAACCGUGCUCGUGUGGCAGGAGGCCUGCCUGAUGUGGUCACCAUACAGGAGGGCAAGGCCCUGAACCUGACCUGCAACAUCUCGGGCGACCCUCUGCCUGAGGUCACCUGGCUGAAAAACGACAGGGAGAUGGUGUCAGACGACCACUACAUCCUGAAGUUUGAGUCGGGCAAGUUUGCUAGCUUCACCAUCAGCACGGUGAACACGGCGGACUCUGGCAAGUACAGCAUCCUGGUGAAGAACAAGUACGGCACAGAGAGCGGAGACUUCACCGUAAGUGUCUUCAUGCCCGACGAUGUCGGCGGCAAGAAAAAAUAAGAAGGUUUCCCGGUCUUGACGUAAAUAUGUAUAAAAAAGGGUAGAAAAAUGAACAGCAAAAAAGAGAAAUGUCAUACCGUCUUUAGCCUGUGCGUUGGAUUGUGGUUUGAGAAGUGUAAACAAUAUAGUCUCAUACAAGGAGGUGGUUAACUGUUAUAGUCUGAGCGCAACAUGUCUGAAGUUUCAUUGUGAAAUCCAAAGUGGAUCAAGGAAAAUAUAAUUUAUUGAAGCAAAACCCGUAAACCACACUAGUAGGUCCAAACAUUCUUUAUCUUGAAAUCACUGUAGGCCUAAAGUAAUUACAUGAUUAUAACUUUACGCACCCCCUCACUGCCCAAAUAUUAUGUUCUGUUAUUUCCUUUGUUCUUUGUGUUCAGUACCAAAGAGGGAUGUAGAGUCAAAUGUGAGUGUAAGUUUAAAUUGAUUUGCUGCAACUGACUUAAGAAAUGAAAGGCUGACCGUCCAAAGUAAAUAUGUGACGAUGAGGAAGAAAAACUAACAAUGACGGGUUGAGAAUCUGUGUAAGAACAGCUUCUGUGUUAAAUGUAAGUUCCAUUACUUUCACAAUCACUAUGUGGUGAUUUGACCUCCUCUGUCAUCCUGUAGUGAUUAUGAUGUCACCUCCCCUGUCAUCCUGUAGUGAUUAUGAUGUCACCUCCCCUGUCAUGCUGUAGUGAUUAUGAUGUCACCUCCCCUGUCAUGCUGUAGUGAUUAUGAUGUCACCUCCCCUGUCAUGCUGUAGUGAUUAUGAUGUCACCUCCCCUGUCAUGCUGUAGUGAUUAUGAUGCCACCUCCCCUGUCAUGCUGUAGUGGUUAUGAUGUCACCUCCCCUGUCAUCCUGUAGUGAUUAUGAUGUCACCUUCACAGGCAUCCUGUAGUGAUCAUGAUGUCACUUUCUCUCUCUAUCUGUUUAUGAAUGAUAAUUAUUGCACCACUUCCUCCACUCCCUGUCUCUUCAGAAGCACUAAUAAAGGUAGCAUGUAUUCCC